UUCUCUCUUCUUCUCCAUAAAAAAGCUUGCGAGUUAUAAUCAUCUAAAAGUUUUAGGGUUCCGAUCGAUUGCUCCGGUACAAUCGGACUGUUCUUGAUAUGGUUUGGUCGUGGCCUGCUAUCGGAGCUCGCGAUAACUGCCUCCCUCUCUUCACCGUCGUCAGGCUACUUUUUGCGGCGGCGCUCUCGGCGGCGAUGGGGUGUUUCUUCAGCUGCUUCCGCGUUAGCCGCGGCAGAGGCGAUUCUCCUGCGGCUGAUCGAUCCCGUUACAGAACCGUAUCCCAACCUGAAGUGCACUGCAAUUGGAGUCAGUUUUAUUCUUUAUUCAUUUCGGACGAGAAAGAAGAUCAAUAUGGCGUGGAAGCCAUGGCAAAGGAGAAACAUGACAAUGUGAUCUCUGCGCAUGAGUUGGACAUUACAGAGCUCAAGCACCAGGCUAAAUUUCUCAAAGCUUGUGGAACCUUACCCGAAACCCCUGUUGAAGUUUUAAAAUUAUCGAAAGAAUGUGAAGAUUCAUCAUCUCAGAACGGUGCAUUGUUUCCUUCAGAUCACAACUCCUGGCUACCUGACAUGUCCAUUGUUAACCAAACCCUGCAUUCACAUCCUGAACAACCUCUAACACCUUCCAAAAACUGUGACAAAUUGAUGGAGGGUUCAGUUUCUGCUCUCGUUACUCCUGCUAGCUGCAUGAAGGAUGUGGGAAACAGCACUGGUUCCUCCAGUUCCAUUCAUGGCAGUCCAUCGAUUGAGAUUAAUCUUGACCAGGCUGAUAUUUACUCUGAUCCAUCAGUUUCACCUGUAAUUCUUCCUAGUUCUACACGCAUAAAUAAAUCUGUUCGUUUUGAGGUCGAUUCUUACCCUUCAGUUUCAGCAAAGGCAUUUUCUUCCAAACUAGCUCGUCUAAAACCCCAUCAUUCACCCUACCCAACCCCCUUGAAACUAACUGAUGACAUGCAAACUCCUGGCACUAUUUUCCCAUCAUACACAAAGGACAUGCCAAAUGUAAAAGUUCCCCGGUUCAGGUGCCAAUAUGUCGGUUCCACCUUAAACCUGGCAGAAAAAGAAUCUCAGCUGAAGGGAUUGGUGGGUGAAGGUUCUACUUCCUUUCAAGACUGUAAUAAUACUUCAACGGAAUUGCCGAGUGGAAUGGGAGAAUCUGAUGCACAGCCCAAGGAAACAAACUUUGACUCAGUGAUUGGCAGAGAAGCCACCACAUCCAUGGAGGAAUCAAAGUUGGAAGCCAGUCAGUCUUCAUGGUGGAAACCACCUCUUAACCAGGAAGAUACUAAUUUACAUUUAGGCGGAAGUGUUCCUAUUCGUGGAACUCCAGGGGACAGGCCUAUACUUGGGAUGGUUGCUGCUCACUGGAAUGAUGAUGGCCCCCCUUCUAAUAUCUCACCUAAAUGGUGCGGCGCCAAUGGAAUUCCAAAUACCACUACAAAGUACAAAGAGGAUCAGAAAGUGAGUUGGCACGCAACGCCAUUUGAGGAGAGAUUAGAGAAGGCCCUAUGUGAUGAAACAUUCGUCUUACGGAGGUGGAAGCAAAUCAGCGGUCCGCCGGCAAUCACUUUUGAUGACAAUGAAAGGCUCAUUUCCUCUAUGACCUAAAGAAACUUAAACUCUGCUCUCAUUUCCAGCACUCCAUCUAUAUAUGCUUCUCAAGUCAUUGUGAGUUAAACACUUUGAUCAAUACCCUUUGGGAUGUGCCAGAAUUUUCAUUCCUUGGAUGAAUAGGCUUUAUCCUUUUG